UUUUGCAUAAUAUAAUUUUCUAUAAUAAAGUAUGUUAUGUAAUGUGCACUGUACUUUUUCAUGUUGCAAGAACACAUUUAUCAACAGCAAGUCGUUGCGGUGGGUGCAUGUACGGUGUCCGGAAAACCCGGCUGAAAUGUUCUGAAAUUGUCAACAGCAGAAGGGACUCGAGCAUCACUUGCAGUCACAUGGAUUAAUUGACAUCUUUUUUUGGGACUUCUGCGUUAGGAGGAUGACUGACCGCUCACAGAUGAAUCUUUUACUUUUUGGAGGCUGGGUUUAGUUUUACAGAUGUGGAGUGGAAAAUACCUGAGGAACCCGGUCACUCAGUCACUGUUGAUGAAAAUGGUCAGCGAAUCGGGAACACAGCAAGAAGCACACGAGUGGUAUGGGUGUCACACAGAGAUCCUGGGUGAGGCUGUACGGCCGGCCUUCAUCCAGAGUCACUUGGACACGGAGACACAAGCCUUCCUGAACAGGAGCGCGGAGAAGUCCGGCUGCCUUGUCACUCAGCUCUAUCACUCUUUUGUUUCAACCCUCUUCAGCCCCUUUAUGUCCAGAACCUCAAUAAACGGGUACCUGGGAAGAGGUUCUAUGUUUGUGUUCUCCCCAGAGCAGUUCCGCCAGCUGAUGAAUAUCUCCCAAGACUGGAAGAGCAAGAGGCUGCUGGACCUGGGAGCCGGAGAUGGGGAGGUUACCAAGGUCAUGAGCCCACACUUUGAAGAGAUCUACACCACUGAGGUGUCAGCCACCAUGAAGUGGCAGCUUGAAAAGAAACAGUACAAGGUGCUUGGUAUAGAUGAGUGGCAGGACACAGGCUUUCAGUAUGAUGUGAUCAGCUGUCUCAACCUGCUGGACCGCUGCGAUCAGCCAAUGAAACUGCUGAAAGACAUCCGCAGAUCCCUGGAGCCCUCCAAAGGCAGGCUGGUCCUGGCUGCAGUGCUGCCCUUCCACCCGUAUGUGGAAAUUGAUCUCUCGACCAAUCAAAACACGACGAAACAGGCUCCAGGAGUACAAGCACCAAUAAGAGUAGUGGGUGGGAAGUGGGAGGAGCCCUCGGAAUUCCUGGUGGUUCAGGGGAAGAUGUGGGAGGAGCAGGUGACCAGCAUGGCCAAUGGCGUGUUUAAGGAGGCGGGAUUUGCCGUGGAGGCCUUCACCAGAUUGCCGUACCUGUGUGAGGGGGACAUGUACAGCGAUUACUACCGCCUGGACGACGCUGUCUUUGUGCUGCGGCCCGAGGAGUAAAACCGAACCCUUCUCUUGAUUCCAGCCCACCAGGCCUCCGAAGGAUAGCACAAGUAUCCCUCUUAAGGAUUCUGUCUAAAGCUUCCGAGUGACUGAUCCUCCUGCUUCAGUUACAUGCACCAGAUUGGAGUUAUUCACAGUGACCCCUACCUUAAAUGUCUAUCAAAAUCUGCCCUUUUCCUUCCAAGCAAAAUUACUGUGUUUGGUUACCCUUUGGGGGAACCUGCCUGCUCUUCCAUGGUGGGUCAUAGUUUGAAACUUAAUAAGGCAAUACACGAUAAACAUCUUCAUGUAAAGUCCUACUUGCAGUAGUCAGACAAGCAACGUCUACCUCCUAUGACCAUUGUUAAAGUGUUCCAUUGCUAGAAAGGGUGAUGGAUCCCCCACUGAUGGCAAGCCAAAGAAAGGUAGUUUUGAGUCCUGUUUAAAAAACCUUUUCCCACUUGUGAUUGACGGUCUGAUUUGUGGUACCUUACGAUGCUGUAAAAAAUAAGACGAAAUGGUAAGAGUCAAUCCAGAGAGUCUUGUUGAUGUCCCCUGCUCCAUUUUUUAAAUGUGUUUUGGAUUUGAAUGUAGUGCUUGGGAUAGGUGCUGAAUAGAUGACACUAAAUUUGCAUGUGAUGCUUGCAGACAUUAAACUAAACAAAUAGCUCCUCAUUUGCAUUAAGGUAAGUUUCAGUGGGGUGGAAUAUAGAGUGUAAUUUGUAGAGAAUAAAAAAAAUAAUAUCAGUGUGUGUUUGCAAAAUCUAUAGUAUUAUGUUACUGUGACAUUCCAACACUAAGAAACCUCCAGAAAUGUAACACAAUGUAACACAAUCAUUGUGCUUUAAAUUAUAGAAUGUAUUGAACUUUAAACUUUACAGUUUUAUUGGCUAUUUCUUUGGAAUACAUGUAAAUCAUUACAUUGUACUUGACACCUGUAUUAUAUUUAACCAUGAUUUAAAAUAAUCAAAAACAUGAAUGUUAACACAGUAAUAACCACAUACUGUAAUCAAAAAUGUAAUUCACAUUUCCAUUGAACUGGUACAAUUGAAGUGAUCAAGUAAUCGCUUUAUUUGAUUAAACCCAGAUGUACAAUCAUGUUUCCACUGUGAGGUUUUCACUGUAAUAGGAAUUCAGUAUUGUCGAUUUUACCCUGUGCCAUCCUUGUACUGUACUGUAUGUUGUUACUGGACCUGGUGCUACCCAUAUAUAUUGCAUUAUUAUUUGCAGAAGUUUAAACUCUGGAUCUACAAUGAGUGUCAAUAAAUGUUUUCUGAUCAUGCA